AUGGGGGAGUUGAUCAUUGGUCGACCCGAGGCUGUGUAUUUUUAUGAAGUUGAUGGCCGGGGUCCUUGUUGGGCCUUUGAGGGAGAGAAGAAAUUCCUUGGGUGGUUUCAUGGAUACCUGUUAUGUGUUAUUGCAGAUCAAAGAAAUAGCAUGAAUACUUUCAAUAUUUACGACCUGAAGAACCGUUUAAUUGCCCACAGUAUAGUGAUUGAAGAGGUUUCUCAAAUGCUUAGUGAAUGGGGUAACAUAAUACUUAUAAUGACAGACAAAUCAGCUUUAUGUACUUGGGAGAAAGAUAUGGAAAGCAAAUUAGAUAUGCUUUUUAAGAAGAAUCUUUAUUCAGUAGCUAUCAAUCUUGUUCAGAGUCAGCAAGCUGAUGCUGCCGCAACUGCAGAAGUGUUGAGGAAAUAUGGGGAUCAUUUAUACAGCAAACAAGACUAUGAUGAGGCGAUGGCUCAGUACAUCCACACCAUUGGUCACCUUGAACCUUCGUAUGUGAUACAGAAGUUUUUAGACGCACAAAGAAUCUACAACCUCACUAAUUACUUGGAGAAGUUACAUGAGAAGGGGCUUGCCUCUAAAGACCAUACCACUCUUCUGUUGAAGUGUUACACCAAAUUGAAAGAUGUCGACAAGUUGAAUGUAUUCAUCAAAGGUGAGGAUAGUGUGGGCGAGCAUAGAUUUGAUGUGGAAACUGCAAUAAGAGUCUGCCGAGCUGCCAAUUAUCAUGAGCAUGCAAUGUAUGUGGCUAAGAAGGCUGGGAGGCAUGAAUGUCAUGCUGGGGUGACUGUCAAAAAGUACGGAAAAAUUAUUGUAGAGCACAAGCCACUGGAAACUAUUGAAAUUCUGAUGAGGCUUUGCACAGAGGAUGGAGAACCAGCCAAGAGGGGGACCUCAAAUGGCACAUAUGUAUCCAUGUUGCCAUCUCCAGUUGAUUUUCUCAACGUUUUUAUCCACCAUCCACAGUCACUUAUGGAGUUUCUUGAGAAAUACUCCAACAAAGUGAAGGACUCACCGGCUCAACUUGAAAUUCACAACACACUCUUGGAGUUGUACUUGUCACACUACCUGAACUUCCCAUCAAUCUCAGUAGCUAACAUUGGUGAGAAUGGCAUUGUAGCAGCUGAGUUGUCAAGAGCAGAAUCUAAUGGGAAAUUACAUGUGAAUAGCAAAAAGAUGAAUAAGGAAAAGGAUCAUCAGGAGAGACUUCAAAAGGGGCUACUAUUGCUUAAGAGUGCAUGGCCGUCUGACCAGGAACAUCCAGUAUAUGAUGUUAACCUUGCUAUAAUUCUAUGUGAAAUGAAUGCUUUUAAAGAAGGGCUGUUAUAUCUUUAUGAGAAGAUGAAACUUUACAAAGAGAGGCUGGGGGAUUCGGGAAAGGGGGGUGAUCCUUCUCUCUGGGCAGAUCUAUUGAAAUACUUCGGUGAACUUGGAGAAGAUUGUUCCAAAGAAGUUAAGGAAGUUUUGACUUAUAUUGAAAGGGAUGACAUCUUACCUCCUAUCAUAGUUCUUCAGACCCUGUCCAGGAAUCCAUGCCUCACUCUGUCUGUCAUCAAAGAUUAUAUUGCUCGAAAGCUGGAACAGGAGUCAAAGCUGAUUGAAGAAGAUCGGCUAGCUAUUGAGAAGUAUCAGGUUGGGAGCAAAUGGUUUAACAAUCAUGAUGGGAUGACAUCAAACCACCUUGCUCCUUCCAUUCAGGAGGAGACAUUGGCAAUGAGAGAAGAAAUCCAGGAUCUGAGGAUCAAUGCCAGAAUAUUUCAACUUAGCAAGUGUACUGCUUGCACUUUCACCCUUGACCUCCCUGCUGUCCACUUCAUGUGUAUGCACUCCUUCCAUCAGCGUUGCCUUGGUGACAACGAGAAAGAAUGUCCGGAGUGUGCUCCUGAGUACAGAUCGGUUUUUCCAGCAAGUUAA